AUGCCGAAGAAUGUUUUCAGCCUCUUCCGUGAAUCGCUCGAGGCGUCCAUCAUUGUCGCAGUCCUUUUGUCUCUCGUUGAACAGAUCGUUUUAAACGCAUCCCUUGGACACCCUUCGCUAUCCUCACAGGCUCAUCGAGGGGCUCAGAUCCAUCGCUCGGACGUUCCCGAACUCCCAUUACCCCACGACAAGCGCCGUCUCAUCCGUAAGAUGAGAUUGCAAGUAUUGACAGGGGCAGCUGCAGGAUUGGUUAUCGCACUUGCUAUCGGCGCAGCUUUCAUAGCAGUAUGGUUCACCAAGGUGGUAGAUCUGUUUUCAUCCGCGGAAGAACUCUGGGAAGGAAUUUUCAGCCUUAUCGCCUCUAUACUCAUUUUCGUCAUGGGUUUGACUAUGCUUCGUAUGGAUCGAGCUCGAGAAAAGUGGAGGGUAAAGCUUUCGGACGCAUUCGAAGGUAAAAUGGGAAACGCCUCUGGAAAAAAUGGCAAAUGGAUUCUUUUUAUUCUUCCAUUUAUCACUGUACUUCGAGAAGGCUUGGAGGCGGUUGUAUUCGUCGGCGGGGUAUCUCUCGGACAAUCGGCCACUUCUAUCCCUCUUGCAGCAAUUAUAGGGCUUAUAUGCGGACUGCUCGUUGGAUACUUGAUUUAUGCAACCUCUUCUCGUACUAGCCUUUCUAUAUUCCUCAUUGCUAGUACCUCAUUCCUACUCUUGAUAGGCGCUGGGCUAUUUUCCAAGUCAGUUGGCGCGUUCGAGAGAUAUAAAUUUAACACCAAGGUUGGAGGCGACGUCGCCGAAGCUGGCAAUGGACCCGGAUCCUACGACGUCGUGGGGAACAUUUGGCACCUAAAUUGCUGUAAUCCAGAAAGCAAAACGGAUGCUCUUGGCUGGAGUAUUUUCAGUGCCAUUUUUGGAUGGAGCAACAAUGGCAGUCUUGGGACUGUGCUCUCGUACAUCUUCUACUGGAUUUCGGCAAUCGUAACCCUUGUGGUCAUGAAACAUCAAGAGGUACAUACUUGA